UGUCAAGUGUUUGAAGUACUACUAUAAGCUACUCUGGGUUCCUUCAUCGGUGCAUUGUCGCUGAAGGAGAUCACAACAUCUUGUUUCCGCCAUGGCUAAUUCACAAAGCAGGGCUCCCUAUCCGUAUAUGUCCUAGAUUUUAAACUGGAAAAUGCACAAAUAACGGAUGACAUCAAGUGAUAGCCAUUUCCUGAUUCGAUUUAUCACCAGUAUUUAUUGGCUGUGGUUGAAAUAAAUUCCACAUUUCGUAAUCUGUACUGACCACUGAAUAACGAUGGAGACAAGCUAAAAAAUUCCAAAUCAAUUCAGUGAGAAAUUUGGAUUCCUAUGGAAGAAGCACAUGGUUGUUCUAUAUCCGAUCCUCCUGAGUUGGUCUUAUCUCAUGCCAAUGGUCACAGGUCUAUUAUCAAUGGCCAUGUGAAAAAGAGAGGUCAUGCAACUCGUUCGUGGAUAAAAAUUGAUCAAGAUGGGAAUUCGCAGAUUGUGACACUUGACAAGGCUUCUAUUAUGAGACAUUGUUCUUUGCCUUCUAGAGAUCUCAGACUAUUGGAUCCUAUGUUCAUUUACCCUUCUAGCAUAUUAGGGCGGGAGAAGGCAAUUGUAGUCAACCUUGAGCAAAUCCGAUGUAUAAUCACUGCUGAUGAGGUUUUCCUGAUGAAUUCCUUGAAUGGCAGUGUUGGCAAAUACAGGUCAGAAUUAUGCAAUCGACUUCAGAAAGAAAAAUCUGAUGAUCUGCCUUUUGAAUUUUGGGCCCUGGAGCUGGCUUUGGAAUUGACAUGCGCAUUUUUAGAUGCUCAGGUCAAUGAACUGGAAAUGGAAGUAUAUCCAGUGUUAGAUGAACUGGCCUCAUCCAUCAGUACUCACAAUCUAGAACGUGUUCGGAGAUUUAAAGGUCAUCUACUUGCAUUGACUCAGCGAGUUCAAAAGGUUCAUGAUGAAAUAGAGCAACUCAUGGAUGAUGAUGGUGAUAUGGCUGAAAUGUGCCUGAGCGAGAAGAAGAGAAGAUCAGAUCCUCAGUCUUCAAAUGACCUUGGUCUUGGUCUUCCAACCCACAGGUCAGGUAGGGUUAGAGUGAUCUCAAAAUCAGCUCCUGCUUCACCAGAUAGGUCCAUUAGUGGGGUCCAGAUGUUACAAAGGGCUUUCAGCAACAUUGGAAAUUCGAGUAAACACGAGAGUCUGUCAAGUUCUUCUAAUAAUGCGGAAAAGAUUGAGCCACUGGAAAUGUUACUUGAAGCGUACUUUGUCGUCAUUGAUAAUACUCUUACCAAGUCACUAUCGAGGAAAGAUCGGCAUAUAAUUUGAUAAUUUGAAAGGUGGUGCGUUGACUAGACCUUGAGAAUAUUUGCUUUUGCUGGUGAUGCAGCUCAAAGAAUAUAUAGACGACACUGAAGAUUUUAUCAACAUAAAAUUGGGCAAUAUUCAGAACCAACUCAUACAAUUUCAGUUGCUGCUUACAGGGGCAACCCUGAUGGCUACAGCAUUUGCUACUGUAACGGCAGUUUUUGGAAUGAAUUUUGAUACCCCAGUUUUUGAUGAUCCAUAUGGAUUCAAUGUGGUUGUGAUAGCCUCAGGAAUUGCUAGUGCGGUUUUGUACUUGUCCUUCAUAGUAGUUUUUAGGUUCAAGAAAAUUCUUCCAGCAUAAACUAUACUCCACUGGGAUUUUGAAAUCCAAAUGGAUAAAUCUUAUUGAUGGCAGUGCAGGCUUCAACAGACUCAUCUAUCUGUUGGUAAAUGGUAAAACUGAGAACUUCUUUAAGUCUUUAACCCAUGGAGUUUACCGUACAUGUGUUCACCAAGCCGAUUAUGGUUUAGACAUACGAAUGCGGGCUUGGAACCAUGCUUCCCACAACGUGUUGAUGGCAAGGUCUCAACAUUAGUUUCAAACACAUUGACAUUUGGCAGUAGCAUAUUAGAAACGAGUUUGAUUGAAGAGUGAUAUGACUAUAAAAUGCCUAUUUGUUAGCU